CCCGACUCGCCUACAUGGUGGCAGCGGUUCACUAUCGCUAUGUCGGCCCCGUCAACGCUGCUUCCCCCGCCGAAACCACUGGACCCGUCAGCAGACGCAUGGCUUGGAUGGAAAACUUGGAAAUGUGAGUUCACAUUGUUCUCCACGGCUACCCAGUUAAGUAAGCAGCCCAAAGAAGUCCAAGCAGCAACGUUACUUGUAACAGUUGGAGAGGAGGGCAGAAAAGCUUACAACGCCUUCAAAUUCGAAAAUGAAGCGGAUAGGAACAACGUCGACAUUUUGCUUCAGAAAUUUGAAGAAUUCUACAAACCAGUGACAAAUUUGACGUUUAAUGAAUUUCGUUUCGGAUCAAGAGACCAAAAGCAAGGGGAGUGUUUCAAUGAUUGGCUAACCGACCUCAGGCUUUUAGCAAAAAACUGCGAGUUCGGGGACCUAGAAGACCGUUUGCUCCGCAGCCGAAUCAUUCUGGGACUGCGAAACAAAAGCUUGCAGGAAAGGCUUAUUUCCGAGAACCCGCCAUACAGUAAGACCAUUGAAAUUUGCCGGGCCCAGGAACUGGGAAAAGAGCAAUUUAAAGAAAUCAGUGAAGGCGCAGAAGCAGCACGUGCCACAGUAAUUCAAGCAGUCACCAAAGAAAGGAAACCGUGUGGUCAUUGUGGCUAUACCGCUCACCGUGGCGAAAUAUGCCCGGCUGAAGGGAAAACAUGCAAGAAGUGUGGUGGGCGUAAUCACUUCGCUCAAGCUUGUAGAUCCUCAAUGCGACGACAAACCAGAGGCGCUAAAAACGUGCUGCGCGAGGUACAAGCGGAAGAAGACGAUUUCUUUUUGCAAGCCCUGACUGUCAGUGCAGUAGAAGCGGCAGAUCAUUGGAGUGCAGCAGUUGACAUUGAAGGCCGUAAGUUUACGUGCAAGCUAGACACAGGUGCUAACUGCUGCGUCAUUUCAAACAAGGAUGCCAAACUGCUGCCGAGCAAGCCACAGCAAACCUGCCACGCCACAUUGACCGCUUUUUUCGGUCAUAAGACUACAGCGAGAGGAAAAAUUCGGCUGCGACUGUCAGCUAACAGCAGAGUGCACGAAGAGUCGUUUUUCGUGGUCGAACAAAAUGUGCCCGUGACGCUGAGUGGAUCAGUGGCGAAACGCCUCGGGUUUCUUUGUCGCGUGCAAAACGUUCACGUCGAAGAGUUAUACCCGGCAGCACAACCUUUCGCAGACGUUUUCAGUGGACUGGGACAGCUGAAAGGCGAGGAGUAUACAAUGCAGCUAAAGCCAGGAGCCGUGGGAGUUGUCGUGCCAGCCAGGAGAGUUCAAGUGGCCCUUCAAGACAAAGUCAAGGAAGAGCUUCUGCGCAUGGAAGAACAAGGCGUGAUAGCAAAGGUAAAGGGCCCGACGGAAUGGUCGAGUUACAUGGUCACAGUCAUUAAGAAAGAUAAAGUGCGGAUCUGCCUAGACCCCAUAGCGCUGAACAAGGCGUUGUUGCGGGAAAACUAUCCUAUGCCUACUCUCGAAGACGUUGUGCCAAAGCUUGCGGGCGCCAACGUUUUUUCAACCUUAGACGCAGCAUCGGGGUAUUGGCAGAUAAAGCUAGACGACGCAAGUUCAAAACUUUGUACAAUGAGUACACCGUACGGACGCUACAGAUUCUUGCGCAUGCCUUUUGGCAUUGCCUCUGCUCCGGAGAUAUUUCAGGCAGCGAUGCACCGCGUCCUAGAAGGUCUGCCAAAUGUCGCAGUAGUAAUGGAUGACAUUCUUCUCUGGGGCAAGACUAAGCAAGAGCACGACCACAAUCUACAACUUCUUCUAACGCGCUGCCGAGAACAGAAUCUUCGACUAAACUUGAAGAAAUGCUUCUUUUUGCAGCGAGAGGUGCGCUACCUGGGACACGUGCUCAGCGCCGAAGGCCUGCGUGUGGACGCCCAACGUGUUCAAGACAUUCUAGAAAUGCCGACACCAAGAAACUCCUCUCAACGCUCCCUGCAAGAUUUACUAGCAGCAACCAAUGAUGACGACACCCUCGUAAAGCUACGGGAGUACGCGAAUACAACGUGGCCUCUUCGCAAGCAAGAAGUCCCGGAGCCACUUAGGUUGUAUUGGGCGUACCGGGAUGAGAUACAUGCACAGGACGGCCUCGUGUUUCGAAGCAACAAGGUAAUUGUACCACAAUCAAAGAUAUGGGAAAUGAUGAGUCUUCUUCACGUGGCACACGUGGGAGUGGAUAAGAUGAAGGCGAGAGCAAGGAACGUGAUGUUCUGGCCGAAUAUUUCCAGCAACAUUGAGCAGUUCUGUAAAGCCUGUAAAGUGUGCCAAAAGCAUCAGCCUCGACAGCCUAAAAUGCCACCCCUGAGUCAUGAUGUGCCCUCCCUGCCAUGGCAAGUUGUCGGCAUGGAUUUGUUCUUCUUUGAAGGCCAUGAGUUCGCCCUUAUUGUCGACUUCUACUCCUUCUUCUUUGAAAUUCGAGAGUUUCGUACAACGGCGAGCUCUCUUAACUCGUGGUGUUCUCAAAUUUUCUCAGUCCAUGGCUUGCCCAGGAAGUUGUGCACUGACAAUGGUCCACCUUUUAACAGCAGCGAGUUUAAGGACUUUCUCAACACCUUGGCUAUUGAUCACAUCACCUCAAGCCCCUAUCAUCCGCGUUCCAAUGGCAUGACUGAGAGAGCGGUUCAGGAAGCAAAAAAGCUGUUAAAGAAGUGUGCCUUUAAAAUGCCUGUGUUUCAAAUGGCAUUGCUUGAAUGGCGCAAUACCCCACGUGAUGAUGUGCUCCAGUCCCCCGUGCAGAGGCUGAUGGGACGCCAGACUAGGACGCUUCUACCAGUACCUACCAGCCACUUGGAACCACGGACAAUUCCCCCUGACGUGGUCCAGGGCCGCCUUCAAGAAAUGCGCCAAUGACAGAGAACCUACUACAACCGUGGCAGCAGGAACUUGCCGCCUGUGAUGCCAGGUCAGCAGGUCACAGUGUACGAUACCAACCAGCGGACCUGGUCUCCCGCCGUCUUUCUCCGACCAGCCGAUGAACACCGCUCAACGAUAGUCAAGACUGAAGACGGCCGGGAACUUCGGCGCACACGAGAGCACCUCCGCCUGGUAGACCCACAGCCGGAAGCGAGCCUCCUGCCCGAAGACGUAUCUUCCACGGAGCCCCCGCAAGAACUACGUCGAAGCGCAAGACUUCGACGCGAGCCCUGUCGGUACCCUCAACAAGAGACACGGUAACCACGUCUUAAGUUCCCCUGUAAAAGGGAAGAUGUAGCAAGGCUGAAUAGGUGCUACGUCACGCUUAUAUGUAUGCACUGCGCAUGACCCACUGCGGCACUACUUUGUAUAUAUAUCCCGUUCAUUCUUGCAAUAAAGUUGUUCAUUGCCGACUCGCCUA